AUGGCAUCCAGACCACAGACCUUUACGAAGGUCGACCUUACGCCGCGGAAACGUCAUGGCUUCCAAGUGCUUCUGUUCAUCCUCGGGACACUCGUCCCGCCUCUGGCGGUUGCAGCGAGAUUCGGAAUCGGCACGGACUUCUUCAUCAACGUGAUACUCACGAUCUGUGGAUACAUUCCAGGGCAUGUACACAAUUUCUACAUUCAGAACGUCCGCAAUAACAAGAAUCGACGCCGGACGCCAAAGUGGGUAGCGAAGUGGGGGCUGGUGGACACAUCCGAGAUCAAGCGCAAGGAGCGGCGAUCGCAAUGGGCCUCCCGCUACAACGACCGCCUCCCGUCGUCCACCCUGAGGGACCAGCCUUACGAAGAGGGCCAGGAGGGCAGCUCGAGCGUGGAUCUCGCGUCGGAGAACGGCGAUGCCCGGCAACGCACCAACGGCAGCGGAGAGUUCUGGAGUCGCAACGAAGAGCAGUUCUACGGGGCGUCUGGCCAGGGCGACACGGGUUCUACCCGAUGGCGCUACCCUGCCAACUUCGAGGACGCCGCGCCUGUGGGCGGGAGCAAGAAGAGCAAGAGGAGUAAGAAGGACAAGAAGGAUAGGUGGGCACGGACGGAGGACGCCUACAGCAUCAACGAGGGUGAGGCACCGGCUCGCAAGAAGAAGUCGAAGAGGAAGAGCCGCCGUGCCAAUGUAGACGGGGACACCGUUUCGCGCGACUCGUCGACAACCUCGUUCCCGGAGGAUCCUGAGGGGGGGUUGUAUGGGCCUUCGAGGAGCGAGGCGGAGCCUGCGUCACAUGGCUCCGGAGGGAAUCGUCUCACUGAGGAGGAUAUACUGAACCAAGAAGUUUGA